AUGUUUGAUUCAAAUCUCCCUUAUUAUGAUCAAUACGAUAAUAACGAAGCUCAAUUAUUAAACUUUAAUUCUCGAAUGCUCGAUAAUGAUGAUCUUUUCUUGGAUACCAUUUUAUUACCAUAUCAGCCUCCGCCACCGCCACAGCAACCGCCGCCGCAACCACCAUUAUCCACCACUAGUAAAAAGGGUUUAGAUAAAGGAAUGAAGAAGAAGCAAGAUCAUGGUGGUUCCCACUCCAAGAGUAGGAAGACAGGUAAGAAGGAUAGGCAUAGCAAGAUAUAUACUGCUCAAGGCCCUAGAGAUAGGAGGAUGAGAUUGUCUUUACAAAUAGCAAGAAAAUUCUUUGAUCUUCAAGAUAUGUUAGGUUUUGAUAAAGCAAGUAAAACUAUUGAAUGGUUGUUUAAUAAAUCUAGGGCAGCUAUUAAGGAUUUAAGUGAAAAAAGUUGUACUAGUUUGAUAAUUCCUAAUUCCUCUCCUUCAAUGAGUAUUGAGAAAUUUGAUGGUAAAAAUGAGGAGAAUAAAUGUGAAAAAAAGAGUAGUAAAAUAAAAAAUGGGAGUAAAAAAGAAAAAAUUAUGUCAAAACUAAAUGAGAAAAGGAAAGAAGCAAGAGCUAGGGCAAGGGAAAGAACAAAAGAGAAAUUAAAAAUGAUGAAUAAAAAAUUGGAUUUAGGUGUGGAGAAAAACCCUAAUGAUGAAUCAAUAAUUCAAGAGAAGGUUCUAGAAGAUCAAAUGGCUUGUGUUGGUAUUGUUGAGAAGUUUCUAGCAGCUUCUUCUUCUUCCAUGUUUGAUUAUCAUAAUUCUGAUCUUAGUUUAGGGUUUUCUAUGGAGUAUCCAAGAACAGGAAGUGGAAGGAGUAAUGGUGGAUUCGUGGAAGGCACAUUAGAGUAUGUUCAUCAAGUUGAUCAAGUGGGCCCUAACCCUAAUUGUGUAUUUCUGGGCAGGGGAUUUAAUCAGGGAUAUUAA